UUUACAUUCAAAAUAAUUCUAAUGUGUACUCCAGCUAGUGAUUGCUUGAGUUUAAUUCCACAAGUUUAUUCAAUUUAUUCGUGAUCCAAAAUGAUGAACCCCAUGGGAAUGCACAUGCAGCAGCCGGGCGUCGGCCCCGGCGGACCGGUUGGCAUGCCCGGAGGACCCGGCGGUCCCGUCGGGGUCGGCGUUUCGCCGGUCAUGAUGCAGAGCCCCCAGAUGCAGCAGCAGCAGGUUCAACAACAACAGCAACAUCAAGCCCAACAACAACAACAGCAGCAGCAACAGGCCCAGCAACCCGAAAAGGUGGACAACAUUGCCAAGGUUAAGGCCCUGGUUGGGCCACUGCGGGACGCACUGUCUACGACGAUCAAAACCUCGGCCCAGCUGCUGCAGCAGAACAACUUGAACGACGCUGGGACUAAGGGAGGUGACCUCAAUGCUCCGACUCCCAAAUUCGACAAACAUCUUGAGGAGUUCUAUUCGAUUUGCGAUCAAAUUGAGCUGAAUCUGAAAACGGCAAAACUCUGUAUGCAGCAGGGUGCCUCCUCCCAGCAGUAUCUGCCCAUUCCGGUGGCCCCGACGCAGCCCAAUCCGGCCGAAACGAACGCCCUCUCGUACAGCCAGUAUCUGGACGUGGUCAAGAUCCAGAUUGGCUACGCCAAGGAUAUCCACGAUACGCUCAUCUGCGCGGCUCAAAACAUUUCGCCCAGCGAAUAGCGCUAGCCGUACGGACCAGAGGAUGACGGAUGGCAUUCGGUAAGGUAAUGAAAGGUUUGCGUAAGCUUAUUUUUGAAAUCUGUGUCACUUUAUUGGAUAUGGCAACUAGAACUAGAAUCGUUUAAAAUAAAUUAAAAUUUAAGGAG